UUGAUGGCGGAAGUGCACAUAAUUGGACAAAUAUUGAAAGCAGUUGAUUUCGACGAGCCGCAUCUAUUCUGCACGUGGACCCUGCAGAGCGGCAGCGCCUGGCGCUUGAUUCAAGGCGAGGUACACGGACAAACGCACGUCUCGUCGAACCGUUUGGAGAGCUGCUCCGACUUUGCGGCGCCCUUGGACAUUCACCUGAGCUGCGCUGCCGUCCAGGGCUGGCCCACACUGCUGGUGGAGGUGCACGCAGUGAACGUGCUACAGCAGUCCUGGCCCGUUGGCUACGGCUUUGCCCACAUUCCAGCCACUCCCGGUGCCCAUCGGGUGGAGAUUAACACCUGGAAGGUUGCGCCCAACGGCUGGUGGCAGAGCAUUCGCGAGCGCUUCGGCGGCGGCGGAGCGUCUUUGAGCAAAACCGAUCUGCUUUUCUCGGGCGUAGAGCGCUAUAAGCUGCAGACACGUAGCUCUGGAAAAGUCAUCGCUGAUCUCCACUUAAUCUUUCGCAAGUUCGAGGAAUACGGCGUGGAAUUCCAUUAG